UACCUUCUGUGGCCAAGAUGCCUUUGGGACACUCAGCUGUGAGCGCCCGCUCAGAGGAAAGCGAGGCCUUCCUGGAGGGAAUGGUGGACUGGGAGCUGAGCCGCCUGCAGAGAAAAUGCAAGGUGAUGGAAGGCGAAAGGCGAUCCUACAGCAAGGAAGUCCGCCAGCGCAUCGGCAAGCAACUGGGGGAGAUCCAGCGCCUAGAGGAGUGGCGGGCCAGCCUCCAGAUGCAGAUCAGCGUUGCCCAGAGCCAAGUCAAGCGGCUACAGGACAGCAAGCGGCUGGAGCGCAUGGGCCACCUGCUCAAGUGCCAGGCCCAGGUGCAGGCCGAAGUGGAGGAGCUACAGAAGCAGACCAGAGCCCUGGACAGGAAGAUCCAGGAGUGGGAGACUCGGCUCCUCACCCAUCAUAAGGGUGUCACAGCCCCGGGAUUCAUCCAGGAUCAGAAGGUCAAGAUCCGGCGGCGGAUCAAGAUCCUGGAAGACCAGCUGGACAGGGUCACCUGCCGCUUUGACAUCCAGCUGGUGCGGAAUGCGACGCUGCGGGAGGAGCUGGACCUGCUGCGGGUCCAGAGGAACCGCUAUCUGAACGUGGACCGCAAGCUACACAAGGAGAUCCAGCACCUGCAGCAGGCCGUCAACACCCUCAUGGUCUCCUCCACCUCCGCCUACACCGUCAGGGAGGAAGCAAAGACCAAGAUGGGCUUGCUGCGGGAGAGGGCCGAGAAGGAGGUGAGCCAGAACGAGACUGAGGCACAGGCUUUGUUGCGGCAGAUUUCGCACCUGGAGCAUCUGCACGCCUUCCUCAAGCUCAAGAACAACGAGCGGCAGCCAGAUCCCGCUGUCGUGGAGAAGCGGGCGCAGAGGGCCCGGGAGGUUGCAGAAGGCCUCCGAAAGACCUCCCAGGAGAAGCUGGUGCUGCGGUAUGAGGACGCCCUGAAAAAACUGUCCCAGCUGACCGGGGAGAGCAACCCGGACACGUUGGUGGAGAAGUACCUGGAGUUCGAGGAACGAAACUUUGCCGAGUUCAACUUCAUCAAUGAGCAGAACUCUGAGCUCGAGCACCUGCGGGAGGAGAUUAAAGAGAUGCAGGAGGCCAUAGCCAGUGCCCGCGCUGGAGAGGAGGCCGAGCGCUCGCUGCGGGAGCAGCAGCGGACAGUGUUGCAGCGGCGUGUGGAUGAGGUGCAUGCGGAGGCCUCGGACCUCGAUGCCCACUUCCAGGAGUUGCGGCAGCUGCUGGAGAAGCUUAAGGCCGAGCUCCAGCAACUCUUCACCCAGGCCCGCUGCGACAGCACCAUCAUUGACGACCUCCUCGGGGUCAAGCCACAGAUGAGAGACCGGGACAUAGGCCUGUUCCUGGGCCUCAUCGAGAAAAGGGUGGUGGAGCUCCUGACGGUGCAGGCCUUCCUCGACUCCAGGAGCUACACCUCCUCCAGCUUGAGCCGUGCUGCCCUCAUGGUGCUGGGCCAAAGUCCGGAUGAUCUUCGGAAGAAGUUGGCCCCACCUCAGCUCCCUGACAACCUAGAAGACCCCCCAGGUUUUGAGAGCAAAGACAACUAUCCUUUGAGCAAGGAGGAGCUGCUGAGCCAGGUGGUGAAGUCGCUGGAGGCCCGGGAGCAGGCCCGGGAACAGCAUCAGAAGGAGCUGGCUGAGGUGGCGCGCAAGGCCGACAGCAGCCCGAAUGGGGGCUUCAUGGGCGCCCAGGGGGCCAGCUCGGCCACGGUCCUGGAGAGCACGCGGAGCGCCAGUGGCGUCCCCGGCUCCAUCCUGAGCCACAGAACAAACGGCAUCCUGACGUCUAGCGGGGGCCGGGCCACCGGCUCCAAUGUUGGCCACGUCACCUUCGGCAUCCCCAGCUCUAGUGGGGGCCACGAGUCCAACCACGCCACCUAUGGGGACCCCGGCUCCACCAGCUCCAGCGCGAGCCACGCUACCUUCCGGCCGGUCAGCUCCGAGAGCUACCCGGCCUCUACCGGGUAUCAGGAGUCCAGCGGAGGCCAGGAAGGCGCUGGGGGCGCAGAGAGCCGAGGCGCAGGGUCGGAGUCAAGCGGAGGCCCAGUCUCAAGCACGGGCCCUGCUUCCAGCACCGGCGCCAGCUCCACCACCAGCAAAGACUACCGGGGCUACUACUAG